GACGGAUUUACACGUUACACACGCGGCACUUCCUGAUUCUCCUGUGUUGAUUUUCACCGAUGUAACCAGUUUUUUUUUAAGUCAAACGGUAGUCACUUUCUCGUGUUUCUCUCCGUUAAUAAAAAGCCAUCAGUUCUCGUUUGAAUAAACAUAGAGUCAAAUCGAUUUCGCUUUGAUUGUUCAGUAAUUCAGCCGUUUGAUUUCUGCUGUUUGAAUUGGCAUGUUGUUGCUUUUACUGUCAUCGUCACCAGACUGGGCUGUAGAGUGUCCACACAGUCUUUACUGUAUGUAUUCAAGGAACCAGGCAAAGGGGCAACUCGGUCAGCUGUUUGUAUGGAUGAACAAGAAAACAAAUUUGCUGAGGGCACAGCAGGUUUGAUGCCCACUGCUCCAACAUGGAGCACCCAGAUUUGAUCACGCAUAAGAACGGGCGGCAGAGGAAGCCGGCAGGUGCCCCCCUCCCUCCUGAAAACAUGAGGGACAUUGACAGGGGAGACAUGAGUGCCUCUGAGCCAGAAGUAGACGAUGAAGCAGAGGGUCUUAUCAGAGGGUCGGACUCAGAGGACAGGAGGCACCGCAGAGUCCAGCCUGGGAUUCGGGGCGAGUUGGGGAACGUGUUGCUCCUUCUGUUCCUCUACGUGCUGCAGGGGAUUCCUCUGGGACUGGCUGGAAGCAUCCCUCUGAUCUUGCAGAGUAAGAGUGUCAGCUACAAAGACCAGGCCUUCUUCAGCUUUGUCUUUUGGCCAUUUAGUCUCAAGCUUCUUUGGGCCCCACUGGUGGAUGCGCUCUACUUCAGCAGGUUUGGCAGAAGGAAGUCAUGGCUGGUGCCCACACAGUACCUGCUGGGCCUCUUCAUGCUCUACCUGUCUGUAACGGUUAACUCACUGCUGCAGAGUGAGGGAGGACCAAAGGUGGUGACACUUACCGCAGUCUUCUUUAUGCUAGCGUUUCUGGCAGCCACACAGGACAUAGCUGUGGAUGGCUGGGCUCUGACUAUGUUAUCCAGACAGAAUGUGGGCUACGCAUCUACAUGUAACUCCGUUGGCCAGACAGCUGGCUACUUCCUUGGGAAUGUUCUCUUUCUGGCUCUGGAGUCUGCUGACUUCUGUAACAAAUACCUCAGAAUAGAGCCCAAAGACACGGGCAUCGUCACCUUGCCAGACUUCUUGUUUUUUUGGGGAAUGGUGUUCCUGGUUUCCACAACGCUAGUAGCUGUCUUUAAAAGGGAGAAUGAACAUGGCAGAGGGAGGAGGAGAGUCCAGGAGGAGACAAAGGGUGUCAUGGAAACCUACAAUUUGCUGUUCUCUAUCAUCAAUAUGCCCACGGUCUUCACCUUCUGUGUCCUGCUUCUCACUGCUAAAAUGGGCUUCUCUGCAGCAGAUGCGGUGACAGGUCUGAAGCUGGUGGAGGCCGGAGUUCCCAAGGAGCAGUUGGCAUUGCUGGCAGUGCCCAUGGUGCCUCUUCAGAUCCUUCUACCAGUGGUCAUCAGUAAAUACACAGCGGGGCCCAGACCUCUGGAUGUGUUCUACAAGGCCUUUCCUUUUAGGUUGAUCAUAGGACUGGAGUACGCUCUGCUGGUGUGGUGGACCCCGAGUGUAAAACAAGACGGGGGGUUCCCUGUUUAUUACUACGGCAUAGUGCUGCUUAGCUACGCAGUGCAUCAGGUGGCACUGUACAGUAUGUACGUGGCCUGCAUGGCCUUCCACGCCAAAGUGAGCGACCCACUCAUUGGCGGGACCUACAUGACGCUGCUGAACACGGUCACUAACCUAGGAGGAAACUGGCCCUCCACCUUGGCUCUGUGGAUGGUAGAUCCACUGACCUCCAAGGAGUGCCAGGGAGCUGUGGGGCAAAGCUGUGGCUCCCCAGAGGAGGCGGGGCUGUGCGUCAAGGAGGGCGGCGCGUGCGUGACAACAUUGGACGGCUACUACGUGGAGUCGGUGGUGUGUGUUGUGAUUGGCUUAGCCUGGUGGGUGUGGUUAGGGAAGAAAAUGAGAAGGCUGCAGGACCAGAGCCCCGCUGCAUGGCGGUGCAGAAUUAAUCAGUGAGGACGCUCUUCUCAUCAGUACCACAGACUCUUUUUGUUGCACCUCUACAUAUUCUGCUCCAAAAACAGCUCGGUACUUGGACAAACUGUAUCUCCAUCUUCAUCCAUCCAGUCCUGCUUUAGCUGCUACAUUCAGAAAACACUCGCUCUUUCUCACUUCUGUCACCUUGGAAAACAUAAAUCUGAAGAAAUAUACCAUCUUUGUCUUCUGUGGAGGUAAAAAUCCCUCAUCAUCACUUGUGCUGACUGUAACAGUGUCCUUCAGAAAACUGAAACAACUGUUCAUAUUAUUUAAGAACUUCUGUAGAAUAUUUUAAUAUGGUUUUUUUUUUUUGCUCUGAAACCAUACUGCUUUAAAUAGCGUAACCAAACCAGAGCUGGGUCAAAUAGCACUUAUAAAUUAUUCUCUGACUUUGUUUUAACCUGCACAGAUGGCGAGAUGGUUGGGUUUGUUGCAUUUGAUCAUCUAAAGAUUAAAAUGGCAGCAAAAAAAACCCUCUUGCAAUUUGAGUCCUCCAAUAUCCAGAAAUCUUGAAAAAUGUUUAUUCUUUAUUAUUCCAUAAUAAAUGAUACUAAAGGGAAAAGACAGGUAAAAUGUAGAAAUGCACGUCUUUUUACUAACUGUAUUUUCUUUUUUUUGAAGAUUACAUACACCUACUAUUCACUUUGAUAUUUUGGCUGAUGUAACAGGAGUAUUUAUACAGUAUAUAAUAAGACGUACUAAGAAUUACUUUCAGGUUGAGAUAUUUUGUGCUCUUAGCUCAAACUAUUUUAACUGCCCCGAUGCUGUUUAACUCAACCCAUCUGGUAAUCUGAGUUUGUUAAACCCAGUUUGGAGAUUAACUUUGAUUGCUGUUUGACUCAAAUCUAAAUCAAUGUUCUUUUUAAAAUUAUUAUUUAAAUGUAAUUUUUUCAUCUUUGUGCCUUGUUUAGCUUGAAUUUGAAGACAUCCGGCAACAACAUUUCAAAGCUAGUUUGAGCUGUAAUUAAAUCAUUGAGUUAGGGAACUUUUUGACAACUUAUAAAUGCAACAGUUGAAUUUGAUGAGUAGCACCGGUCUUACAAUAUACAGUACACUAAUAUACAGUAGUUUUGUAGAUUACACAAAACAGCACGACUGCUAUCAUUUCAGUUAUUUCUCAAACUACAGAGUAUCAAGCUGAGUUCACAUUCCUUAUGAAGACUUAAGUUUGCACAGCGUGUUAUACAUAUUCUAAAACCUCAACAAUGGUUGAAUGAACUGAUGUUCUUUUGUCUAAAAUAUCAAAUGCUUUUUGUUGGAGUAAUUUUACAAAUGUCUUUAUUUUUCCAGAUUUUCUCCUGAAAUCUGAUCAGUUUUCCCCAUUACAGGACCAAUUCAGAUCUUAAAUAGCAAUAGUGGACAACUUACUGGCAGCUUUUGGAACAUCUCGAUUAUUAAAAGGGUCUGGAAGAGGAGUUAUUUUAAAGUUGCAAGAACAAAACUACUGAUAAUCAAAAUAUCCACUGAUAACAAUUUACUUUUGGUUGUUUUGUUAUUCAGCAUAUUUCUUUUUUCAGCCAUGCACAAGUAGGGUUUCCUAUUUAUUAUAUUCCAAAGUUUUAUGGAUGCUUUAUUUUUUAUUAUUAUGUUAAUGCGACAAUUUAUUGCAGGGGUCCUAAGUUAGACACUUAAACAUCCACAAAGUCUGUCAUGAUCUGUAUUGUUGAUCAAGGACACCAUCUGAGUGGGACAUCAACACCAGCCACCAGUAAGUUUUUAGCUGACGAUACGUUUAUCUACUUUCAGGUUUCAGGGUGAUGAUCACUAAAUAUACAGUACAUGUAGAAAGUGGAUUUGGGGAUUUUGGGACUUUGAGUGGCCUGUAAAAAAAAAAUUAAAAAAAACUCUGAUUGAUUUUCCCACAACAGAUCCUGGACCAGCAGCCUUGGUGAGACACUUGAUAAGUAAAAUCCUGGCUUGUGUUUUGCAUAUUGUACAUAAAACUGAAUGUUGCAGUAUUUUCUCUAAAGCCAGCAUUGAAGAUGGAACUGCUCUGUCAAAUGUAAAAUGUUGAAGUACACAAUCAGGGUUCAUGUAAGCUGUUCUCACUUCAUGUUCACAUUGUCUUAUCAGAAGAGGAUGAGACACAUUUUAACUAAUGUUCUGAUUUCUUAGGCUUACUUUGUAAACCACAGGUAAAAGGUCAACCAUAUUUGGAUUACUGUAGUAGAAGUUAUUUUCCAUUGAAAUGCACAAAAGUCUCUUAAACUGUACAUUAAACUCACACACUGUGAGCAGCUUCUUCACUUCAUUUUUUUUUUUGCUGUGAUGUUAAGUGCACCUUUUGAUUUGUGCCACAUUUCUGUUAUAUGACAAAAUUCAUCUUGAGAGCCUUUUUGCUAGAGGACACCAUGUUUGGUUUGAUUUUCUUCAACAAACACAACUGUAGAUGUGUGUAAAGUGAUUUAGUGUUUUUAUAUUUUAGACUGACAUUUCAGAUUGUUUAUUUAGUCCUUUAAACUAGCAUUUAGUUGGUGGUGAACUACUUGUUAUUUCAGUGACAGAACAUGUCGUUAUUUCAACAUUACCUCAUGACCUAUAAAUCACAUUUAUUUUAAAAAAGCCAUUUUGUUUUAUGUAAAUUAGUGAUUUUUUUUAUUUUGCUUUGCACAAUUUUUGUUUACAAUUAUUCCAAUUCCCCAAUCAUCAAAGAAAACGACAGCACAUGGCGAUGAGACAGUGAGAAAUUUAAAUAUGCUAGCAGCUCCGUAAUGUUCUGAUGAUGAACGUGAUGAAUUUUGACAUUCAUAGGAUGCAAUAUUUAGAUUUGAAACAAAUCUUAUAUGUAAUAAAAAAAAAUAUAUAUACAUA